AUGGAUUAUUUUACUUUCCUCGUGGCUCUUCUUCAUCUACACAAAGCUCUCGGUGAAGAGGUAUUUUGGAACACAAGAGUGAAACUUGCAGAGACUCUGACUCUCGAGUGUCAGUAUCCAUUGUUGGGCACCUUAGUCCAGAUGGAGUGGUUCAAGAUCAACGCAACGAAGAAGAAAGAGUCCAUGGCCAUUUUUCACCCUAACUUUGGUUCGGUGAUAAGGGAUCCCUAUGCUGAUAGGGUUUAUUUCUUGAAGUCAACCUCGGAUCCCAAAAAUAUGAUGCUGGCCUUUUACAAUGCCUCUGAGGCUGAUAUUGGCUCCUAUUCCUGCCUUCUUGAAAUAUUCCCAUAUGGAUCUUGGGAAAAGGUGGUACAGGUAGUUCCACCAGAUAGUUUUGAGAUAGCUGUGCCGUCGGAUAGCCAUGUGGUCUCAGAACCUGGAGAAAACAUCACAUUCAUGUACGAACUUCAAACGAAGGAUCCCAUGCAACAAGUCACAUGGGAAAAGAUCCAGUCCCAUCAGAUUGACCUCCUAACCAGAUGCAACUUGUCCCAAGGGAAAAUCUCCCCCUCAAGGUUUAGGAGACAAAUACUGAGCAACUGCAGUCAGGGGAUGAGAAGGAGCUUUAUCCUCAUGCCCCAUGUCGUGGCCUCUGACUCCGGACUUUACCGCUGUUGCUUCAAGGCCAGCACAGGAGAAAAUGAAACCUUUGUGGUAAGGUUGACUAUAACUGACGGUAAAAACGACAACCAACGUGUCUUCUGGAUAAUUGUAGGGACAGCUUUAUCAUCAGUGUUUGUUCUCCUAGUUCCCAUUGUCAUUGUCCUUCUGUAUAUCAGGAAGAGAUGCAGACAGAAAAGGAUCCAAGAUAAAGAAUCCCAGGCCACACAGAAUAAGGCAUCCAACAACUACAGAAGUUCCUUCUCCGUCAACCAACCAUCAGAUGGUGCAGGAGAGGACAUUUAUGUCAACUACCCAACCUUCUCUCGGAGACCGAAGACUAGAGCCUAA